UAUUAGGUAGUAAAAUAAAGCAGGUAAAUUAUCACUGUUGCUAAGAUGCUAAUUAAUUUAAUAUUAAUUGUUGUUGUUUUGACUUUGUAUUGUUGUUGUUUUGACUUUGUAAAUGGUAAGCCUUCAAAUUCGGAGGACGUAGGUACUGGCGAUCACUUUAAACCUUGCUUGGAAUGGAUCAAAUGCAAACCAGGGGAUAAAGACCUUGAUGUUGAGAUUAAUAGUUGCUUAGAUUUGGGAUCAGAUGAGAAAAUUAAGAAAGUUGUGAAGAGUAUCGGAGAUUUUGCCGGCAAUGAGUGGGCAGACAUACCAGCAGUAUUUGUAGAUUACUGUCUCAUGGCGGAAGAUACGCAGGUACUGUGAAAAAGUUACCUAUUU